ACCCCGACCAUCAACCGGAAGCUAUAUUUACCAUUCCCGUCAAAUCCUACAAGUAAACAUCCACUUUCUUUGGGGGAAGAGGGUAUAUAAGAAGAAAAAAAAGGAAAAGAAAAGAAAAGAAAGAAAAACCCCCCUCUCCCAAUGGGUGAUGACUCCCCCCUCACCAGCAAAUCACCACCACCCCCCUCCACCCCACCUCCCGUCUCCAUCCCCAAAUCCGCAUCGCAAUGCAUGACUCCCAGCGAGAUAUCGACGCACGUGCAAUUCAUGCGCGAAGCACUCUCCAUGGCAGAUCUCGCACUGCAAACGUCCGAGACGCCCGUUGGCUGCGUUUUCGUGCACCGCGGGCGCAUCAUCGGGCGCGGCAUGAACGCCACGAACCGGACGCGCAACGGGACUCGACACGCGGAGUUCCUGGCGCUGGACGAGAUCAUGCGUGCGCGUGACGGGAAGAAGCCGCGAUACGCGCCCGAGACGCUGAGGGAGUGCGAUUUGUACGUCACGGUGGAACCGUGUAUCAUGUGUGCGAGUCUCCUAAGACAGGUGGGUAUCAGAAAGGUGUUUUUUGGCGCCGCGAAUGAGAAGUUUGGGGGUACGGGCGGAGUGCUGAGUAUUCAUGUUGGGAAUGGGAGGAAGGCGGGGGAUGGAGUGGAGGGGGUGGAAGUGGAAGGGGGCGAGGAGUGGGAAAGAUGGCAUAGGGAUGAUUAUGAGGUUAGUGGGGGCUGGUUGAGAGAGGAGGCUAUUGUGCUGUUGAGGAGGUUUUAUGUUCAGGAGAAUGAUAGAGCUCCCGAGCCAAGAAGUAAGAAAGAUAGGGUUUUGAAGCUGGAGGUAGAGCCGAUGGGCGAAGAGGGGAAGAUGGGAGAUGGAUCUGCGUCUUAAAUCUUUUAUACCCCAUGAAAUAUUAUGAAUUCACGAACCAG